AUACUCUCCCUAGAUGCUACCGAAAUGUGCUAGGUUUCGCGUGCUCUAACGCCAUCUGGUCUCGUAUCUUCUGAGUCUGAUUCUAUCUAUCCAUCAAUGAUCAAUACUCUGUGGACGGGGGUAGAUUUUUGUUGGCUUUUUCUCCAUUCAAUUCAUUCAACCAAAUACACCAGACAUCUGUUGCAAAGUGCAAUUGCCUCUUUGUUCUUGCUAGACGGGAGUUUGUUCUAAGAAUAUUUUACUUAACCCCGUCAUACUCGACGCAUAUUCACUAUGGCACCCAAGCGAAGGUACCCUGGUAACCUGGUCGAAUUCGACCCAAAUAAGUCAGACCCCGACGAUGAUACCUUCGAGCCCGAAGCUGAUGACCGCUCUGGCCGUCCUCGAAAGCGGCCACGAGCUGGCCACAACAGCAAGCAGUCUCGUCGUAACAAUAAAUACUAUGGAUCCGAUAUCGAUGAGGACGAAGAUGACAUUUCCAAUAGUGAAGAGGAAAAAUCAUUUCACGAGGAUGACGAGGAUGAUGAACCCCUUGUUAAUACAAACACCGGUCGUCGUGUGAGGAAGGCUGCGGCCAAACGAACAAACUAUAAAGAAAGUUCUGAUGAUGAGGAAGAAGCGGGACACGAUUCAGAUAGCAAAGAUGAACUCGGCGGAACCACUCCUCAAAAGCGGUCCAGGAGUAAGAUUGUCACAAUCAAACUUACGCCUGCCUUACAGAAAAAACAGCUCCUUGCCAACCCCACCGUUGGGACUAGGCGUACUCGAGCUCGUACAGCAGAUGCUGAAGGAAACGGUGAUAAUGAGCUUGUUGAACUGUCAAACUCCGGAAGACAUGCUAGACCUGCUGGAGGCUCUAAAAGCCGGAGCCCCGAGACUGUAGUUCGACGCAGGGCAACGCGUGGUGCCAAAGGUCUCAAACAGCCCUCUCCACUACCCGAGGCCACUCAGGAGGACAUUUCAAAUGCUGAUGAAACAACCUCUGAGCCUGCGGCACAAGAGGAUAUAGGAGCUGCUCAAGGAUCUAAAGUCGAUCUUGAUGAUGCAGCCGAUGAAGAUGAACCCAUGCAAACUGUUGAGCCUACUGAUGACUUGGACGACGAGGAAGAUGCUCCAAUUACUCGCCGCACUCGUAAUAGACAUGCAGUGGAUAAUGUGACCGACCCGGAGAACCUGGAGCCAUCGGAAAACAAUCAAGAUUCAUCCCGACGUCGUUUAACGCGGGGCCGAGGAGGAACGAAAAAAUCAAUACAAGAACCUAGUAGCGAUUUCGAACCUGGCAAUGAUUCCGAGGAAGAUAAUGACUUUGCCUCUGAAGGCAAGGGCCCUGAGGGCGAGAAUGAUGACGAGUCCAGUCCGAGUCGCCAAGGGAAGCGAUCUCCGACAAAGAGUAGAAGAUCAUCUAGAAGACCUCGAAAUGCAGAUGAGUCUGCGGAUGAACUUGAUCGGGAAGAACUGGCAGAAGAGCUCGAGGAUCUUCGAGAAGACUCAUUGUCAUUGAGACGCCCUAGGCGACGGCCUUCUCCUGAAAUUCUGUUCGAGGAAAAGAAGAAACGACGAGUUAAGAAGGUCGAUUACUCAAUUCCCCCAUUGAACCAAGCUAAUUUCGAGAUUGACGAGGAGGAAGCGGAGGUAACUAUCUCAACCCCAGCUCGUCGGCGUGGUCGUGCAAAUGCUUCGGUUUAUACCAGUCGCACUCUGCAUACUCUUGCCGGGCCAUUUGGUGGUGUUGCAGGGGAAGGGUCCCUUGCCGAAGGACCUUGGGGCCACGAUCCCUCUGGAGCUACUGGCAACUUUGAUUCCGAUAGCAGUGAUGAUGAGGGCAACGCUCGUUCCGGAGUCGCAGGCAACCCUCCUGUAACGCCUCGUGGUCUUCUAGGAGGAGGCGCUCGGCCUGCCGAUGGAGACGGCUAUGGUAAUAGAAUUGGCACGUUAGCACCAAAUGUGGGCAAGGUGAAAGAUCAUAAAGCUCUUGCAGAUGCGGACCCAUUAGGCGUUGAUCUGAAUGUCAAUUUCAGUCAAGUUGGCGGCAUGGAAGGCCACAUCGAGCAGCUCAAGGAAAUGGUGCAAUUACCCCUAUUAUACCCGGAAAUGUUCAUGAGAUUUCACGUUACUCCUCCUAGGGGUGUACUAUUUCAUGGCCCUCCUGGAACAGGAAAAACUCUUCUCGCGCGUGCGCUUGCGAAUUCUGUCGGCUUUGGCGGCAGAAAAAUCACGUUUUAUAUGCGCAAGGGAGCUGAUGCUUUAAGUAAAUGGGUAGGUGAGGCAGAGAAACAGCUACGCCUUUUGUUUGAAGAAGCCCGAAAAACACAGCCGAGCAUCAUUUUUUUUGAUGAGAUAGACGGUCUUGCUCCUGUUCGAUCGAGUAAGCAAGAGCAAAUCCAUGCCUCGAUUGUUUCAACGCUUCUGGCUUUGAUGGAUGGCAUGGAUGGCCGAGGUCAGGUCAUUGUCAUUGGUGCUACCAAUCGCCCCGAUAACAUCGAUCCAGCUCUACGUCGCCCAGGGCGCUUCGAUCGUGAAUUUUACUUUCCGCUUCCAGAUGUAGACGCCCGUAAGUCCAUUUUGGACAUUCACACAAAAGAUUGGGGCUUGUCUGAAGAUUUCAAGAUAUCACUGGCCAAAGAUGCGAAAGGCUAUGGUGGCGCUGAUUUACGGGCCUUGUGCACUGAGGCUGCCUUGAAUGCAAUUCAGCGCACAUACCCCCAAAUCUACCUUUCUAAAGAGAAACUUGUGGUUGAUCCUGAAAAGGUCAACGUACAAAUGACUGAUUUUGUUAUCGCGAAGAAGAAGAUUGUUCCCUCGUCUGAACGUUCCUCAACAUCAGGGGCAGCCUCGCUUCCAAAGCAUAUUGAGCCUCUUUUGCGAACUCAAUUCAAAGCUAUCAAAGAGAGGCUAGAUAGCGCCUUUCCUCGAAAGCCCAAGGUGACAGCUCUCGACGAAGCGAUGUAUGAGCCAUAUGAUGAUGAGGAUUUUGGCUUUGAUCGGGAACAGCUAUACCAAGAAUUUGACAACUCACGAGCAUUUCGGCCUCGACUCUUGGUCCACGGUCUGCAAGGUAUGGGGCAAUCAUACGUUAGCGCCGCUAUUCUGCACUACUUUGAGGGCGUUCAUGUGCAGAACUUUGAUUUGCCUACGAUUAUUGGUGAUUCACGACCUCCCGAGCAAGUCUUGACCGGUCUGUUCACCGAAGUAAAACGGCAAAAACCUAGUGUCAUCUUCAUUCCUAAUGUUGAUGCAUGGUAUCACACAUUGGAUGGGCCUGCAUUGACCGCCUUCUUGGGCAUGUUACGAUCACUCCAUCCAACCGACCCAAUAAUGGUGCUCGGCACUUCGGAAAUUGAAGUUAGAGACCUCAAUCCAGACUUGCGGCGUAAUCUCUUCGGCUUCUCUAAGUUGAAUACUAUUGAGAUUGUUCGUCCAGUCAAGGAAAAUCGGGAGGAAUAUUUCUCUAGGGUUAUAGCACACAUCCGACGGAUGCCAAAGGACUUCCCUGAUCCAUUGCAUCGCAAAAAGCGUCAACUAGAAGAACUACCUGUCGCCCCACCCCCUCCCUCCAAGAAACUGACCAAGGAAGAGAUUCAUAACGAAGACAUACGGUAUCGACAAGCUCUCAAUUUGAUGAAGGUACACCUCCAGCCUAUCAUGGACCAAAUAUCUAAAAAAUAUCAAAAGUUUCGCCAUCCUGUUAUCCCAGAAUCUCAGUAUCAAUAUUUGUUAGACGAAGCAGACCCGAACUAUGUCCGGCCUGAUGUUGCGGAUGUACCUCUCCGCCCCUACGAGUUCUCAGAGGAUAGCAAUGGGUAUCCUGGUCUUCGUGAGACCGCAACGGGCAAGUUCUUUUAUAACCUCGACGUGAAUAUCAUAGAGACUAGGCUUGCGAACGGAUACUACUGGCGACCAUACGAGUUCUUGAAGGAUGUUGACGCUCUGAGGAGCGAUGCAGAAAGCGUCGGCGAUAGAGCGCGUUGGCUGAAGGCCUCAGAACUCCUGGCCAAUGUGGAAGUUGACGUUCUUGACGUUGAUGAGAAGCUACGAAAUACUGGAAUCAAUUGGGAGAGACUGUACGAGACACACAAGAAACGGAAGGGCGAAAGGGAAGAACGUGCUCGUAAGAAGCAGGCCAUGCAGUCUGUGCUUGAUACGGCGCGUGCUAGAGCUGGCAGCCGUGGAAACUCGCAGAAUGGCUUGCACACCCCAGGCUUACAGACCACUACCGCACAAUUUCAGGUCAUAGGAGGUCCACCCAACGGAGACACGGCAGAGCAACUCGCUGCGUCCACUGCUGCUACUAAUGGAACAUCAGUACCCUCUCGAGCUGCAGGCGAAGAUAUCGAGAUGCGAGAUAUCGGUGACCAUUCAGGCCACCGGGUCCUCAUGCAGCCGCCAUCGCAAUUGCCUCGUAUGCCACCACGGUCCCUUGAUACCUCUGCGAUGGCUACUCCCGGGCAUACAACGCAAAUCUCACAAGUAUCGGCCGUGCAGUCAAUACCGCACGGUGUAUCCCCAUCGGCACUAGUGAACGAUGCAUCGACAACGCGGACUUCAGAUCCCUCUAAUAGAUCUUCCAAUCUUAGCACCCAAAUUACCAACGGCGAGUCAGGACCUGAGACUUUGCCGGACACUUUGCCAUUUCCUAGUGGGAGUCAGAUCACAUCGAGUGGUGAGGUAUGGCCCCACUCUCAAGCUGAUGCUAUACGGCAAGGAUAUCUACCACAGACGAGACUCUCGCAGGACUCUCAGAGCCAGGCAUCGCCGACCGCAGCUAAAUCUUCUCAUGCGGCUAGUAUGGCAAAUCUCCUUAAUGAUCCAGAGGAAGCCUCCCAGUCACAACCCCAGUCACAGAAAACGCCGCAAGUAGAGUUGAGCGAUGGUUCAGCUGAGUUCCUCCUAACCGAAUUGACGAAGCGCACAUCUGGUUGCACGAUAGAACAGCUAGAGCAGAUCAAUCGAGAUCUGAUGUCUAAGCUGUGGGAAACUCGAGGUGAACAUAACAGAAUGAAGGUGUUCCACUUAAUCACGCGUGUUUUUAAUGAAACCAUGCAUGAUAUACUCGAGAUGCAGAAGAUACUUCAGUCCAGCCAGUGAGCUUGGCAAGCAUUGUAUAGGAUACCUACACCCGCCAGGAGCGCCGACAAGUAGGCGAGCUCUAAACGCACUCUCAAAUACUCUUAAAAUUUCCCACGUUUCUAUUAUUCAGAGUUGUGAGUAACGAUUCAACGCUGCACAUAGCCAUUUGAGCUUUCAAGUGGUACACACUGGGUCGCCGUUGAUGUUUGUCUGGUUUGCCGCUUGGACAUGGGAUGUACUUAAAAUAGAUGUAGCGAGCGAUGACGCGUAUCGGGGAAUAUACCGACUUCUUUUGCAUAGCAUGUACCAUUUCAGGCUUGUUGACUCAGCUCUUCAUUUGGUAGCAUGUACGAGUGGUCAUGGAAUAUGUGAUGAUGCGUAAGAAUUGCCGAUUCGAGAGGUGCAUUUUGUUUUAAUAUGUAACUACCUACCUACCCGUCCUGCCGGAGGAUGGCACAAUGCCACACG